AUGGGUGGAGCACCACCUCCACCAUCAUCUCUUCCCUACGGGAAUGACACGAUUGAAGUUUGCGUCCCUUUACUGCCCAAGGUCAAUUCCGCCGGUUUCUGGGAAGACCCGGCUUCUCCAUCGGUUUUUCUCACGUAUUCGUUACCGCUUCUGGAGUUUCAGAUGCUCGUCAUAUUCUUGACCACUCAUCUCUUUCAUUUCAUCUGCAAGCCUAUAGGAGUCACCUACUUUGCCUCACAAAUGUUUGCCGGCAUUGUCCUGGGAAUAAUGGGGAAAGUAAAAGGAUUCCAAAGAACGUUUUUUUCAACAGAUUUUGGAGCAGAAACCCUUGAGACCACAGGACUGUUUGGUUUCUCCAUGUUUUUGUUUCUGAUGGGAGUGAAAAUGGACUUGAAGAUGGCGUUAAGAACAUCGAGGAGAGCCAUAGUGAUUGGAAUUAUAUCCCUUCUAUCUCCUAUAGUGGUUGGUUUAUGUGUUUACGAGAAAUUCAAAGAGCCUAAUCAGAGUAAAUCAACAAGCGUGGAACGUUUAAUGGGAAUCACCGUCGAAUCUUUAACCUCUUGUUCGGUCAUCGCUUGCCUUCUCAGUGAGCUCAAGAUCCUGAAUUCCGAACUGGGACGACUGGCUCUGUCGGCGGCAGUCGUGGGCGACAUCGGCACUUUAUUUCUGGUUUACUUCAUUUCUUCGUCAAAACGCUGGGCCAUCUCACCAGGGUUUGCCGUGACGCAUUUUUGUGUAAUGGUUUUUUUCGUAAUUUUAAUCUUUUUCGUGUUUCGUCCGAUGAUGUUUCGGAUAAUUAGAGCGACACCAGACGGCAGGCCUGUGAGUGAAGUGUACAUUGUGACGAUCGUGAUGGUAGCCAUGGCGUGUGGUAUAUUUACCACUAAGUUCAACAAAUCUCCUUUAAUCGGACCUUUUCUGGUGGGAUUAUCUGUCCCCGACGGACCACCCAUAGGAUCCAUCCUGGUGGACAAGUUUGAAUGCUUUGUCAACGGUGUAUUUCUUGCAAUCUACGUAACCACAGCUACAAUGAGAAUCAAUCCACAUAAGAUGUUUGCCGAUCCCAUUACCCUCAAGUUUUCUCUAAUUAAUAUCGUUUUCUCAUUCUUUGCCAAACUUAUACCCUGUUUUGGAGCUACAUUUUGGGGCAUGAUGCCCCUUAGGGACUCAUUGGCUUUUGCUCUCAUUAUGAGCAGCAAAGGCGUGGUGGAGUUGUCAUAUUUUUCCACUUUCAGAGACAUCAAGUAUUUAACGAAACAAUCAUUUUGUAUCUUUACCUUUGGCAUUCUAGUAAAUGCAAUCAUAAUCCCAAUCCUAGUGAAGUUCCUUUACGAUCCUGAUUCAAGAAAAUAUGCAACGUAUCAGAAAAGAAACUUAGUGCACUUGAAACCAGAUGCCGAGUUACGAAUUCUUGCAUGUGUUCAUAGACCUGAACAUGUCUCAGCCUUGAUAGAUGUGCUUGAUAUCACAUGCCCCACAAAAGACAGUCAUAAUGUUGUUUACGCCCUUCACCUGGUCGAACUAGCAGGUCGUGAUACUCCUGUCUUUAUAACUCACAAAAAGAACGAGAAUGUAGUCGGGCGUUCCUUUGAGCACAUUCUCGCUUUCCGUCAAUACGAGGAAAACAAUGGUGGAUUAGUCACCGUGGAGGCAUUCACCGCAAUCUCUCCACCUAAACUGAUGUACGAGGAUAUCUGCAAUACUGCCCUCACCAAACAAACAUCAUUCAUACUUCUUCCGUUCCAUAGAAAAUGGGCCAUUGACGGAACUAUUGAAGUUGAAAGCAAUGCGAUAAGGUAUCUGAAUUGCAGUGUCCUCGAUCGAGCCCCUUGCUCGGUAGGGAUUCUCAUCACCCGUGGUGUACUCGACCGGAGGAGAAAAUCGUUGAAGGGUGAAGCUGAAGAAGUUUCAAACAGAGGACCGGAGGCAGCGAAGAUCGUUCAAUCGAUAGCAAAUGAUUAUGACUUGAUCAUCGUCGGUAGACGCGACGGGAUGAAUUCGGCACAAACAAAGGGUUUAUCGGAAUGGAGUGAAUUUCCUGAAUUAGGGGUUAUCGGAGACCUUCUUGCAUCCCCAGAUUUAGAUAGCAGGGUAUCUAUACUAAUUGUGCAUCAACAACAUCGAGUAGAGUAG